ACUGACCAUAAAAUCCGCAUUGCCUCCCCAAGCAAGUGAUCUUUGUUGACUACCUAUUUCUGACAGUUUAAUCUAAAAUUGAAAGAACAAUAUUUCUAGUAAAUAAAUGUCUUGCAAAUUUGAUUAAACCAUUUUAAAUUACUGAAAAAAUGUCCGAUUCUGAAGAUGACUACAUGUCUUUUAAGGUGUUGGUUGACUGCAAAGACGAUGUGCGGCCAAGCCUCUUAGUUAACAGGGAAAAACGCAAGCACGAAUUAUUUAAAAAGAAAUUCGAAUCUUCAAGCAAAAGGCCAAAGACUUUGGGUGAAAUAGAAAGAGAAAAUAGAGAAAGGGGUUUAAAUACAGCAUUAUCUUCUGAAAAUAAGGGUUUUCGGAUGCUUGAAAAGAUGGGUUUCAAGUCGGGGGAGAGUUUAGGAAGAGCCAAAAGUGGUAUCAAAGAACCAAUAGAUAUUGUUUUGAAGCAAGGUACAUCCGGAGUAGGCAGAGAAUCUCAUAUAAAGGAAAUGUUUACAAGGAAGCAGCAUCAGAAGGUUAAAAACUUGAAGCAUUAUGAGGUCCAGUAUAGAUUGGCUAAUAAGGAAAGGAAAAACUUGAGUCAAAUGCGCAGAGAUUUCUUCAAGGCUCAAAAAGUUUGUGAGGAAUUAGAUUUCAGGAGUAAUAUUAAAGAUCCAAUAGAAGAUUUCUUUUGGACUAAAGAUACAAUAAAAAGGAGAAGAAAAAUGGGAAAGCAUACUUGUGAAGAUACAGACAGUAGUGAUGAAGAUGAAGAAUUUGAACAGUAUGUUACAGAAGAAAAUUUGUUUGCUUUAAUUGAUUAUAUCAGAAGUAAACAUUUGUACUGUCUUUACUGUGUUAUAACUGGAAUAGACAUAGAGGAUUUAAAAGAAAAUUGUCCUGGGCCUUAUAGAAUGGAUCAUGAUGAUGAACUGGAUUAAACAGUUUCGGUUGUUUAUUUAUUUAUCUUUUGUUGUUUCCACUUAAUGCAAUUGAAAUGUUAAUUUCUUUUGUGCAUUUGAUUUUCAGUGGGCAAGUUGAAAAUUUCUGAUUUAAGCUAUUCAAAUGGCAGU